AUGGCCUCGCCAUAUCCUUCCGCAGGUUCCCUCAGUGACACCAAGCCUUCCAUCACGUACCCCACGCCUCCCAACAAGGUCUCCCGUUCGCCACCCUCACCGUUGGCCGGACGGCUUCACAAGUUGAGUAUGGGAGGGAAGUUGAGGUUGGGGGCGACCGCUUUCAACCCGCGCAAGCGCCGCAUCGACCCGGACGAUGAUCGCGAUGAGGUCGCCGACGCCGAUCCCAACUUUGGAAGUUACUUCACGUCGCCGAGGGACAAGGCAGCCAAGCGCCGCGCACUGCUGGCGGCUGAUGCUGAGAUGGAUAUGGAUUCGGAUCCCCCACACGCAUCUUCUAGUGCCUCAUCGUCCAGUGACGAAGACCUGUUGGCACUGGCUCUGCUCCGCACGCAAUCGCCUUCUCCACAGAACUUUUCCAGUUCAUACAGCAAGAACGGUCCUCCUCAAUUGCGCACCUUCACAUCUCGCUCUUCUACUGCUUUCCAGUCGCCCCAGCCCGACGAGCUCGAGCACCAAGGGGUGCGGCGCGUCAUCCAUCACAGCAGCCUCCCCGAUGGUCUCUAUCUUGAGGCUGGCCCCGAAAGCUACGACCCCGACUCUUACCAGUACUCCGACCCCCCAAGUGCAGCACCGGCCGCCCAACCUGGCCCAUCCCCGCGUCGGGGUCCAUCUUCCCAUGGUACCGCCCUCCCGCUUGAAGAGGACAAGAACAGGAAUGCCAUGGCAAUCAUCCUCGGCCUCGUCGCCCACAUGCAGAAUGGCGCUCCUCUCCACACGGCGCCGCCUACUCCCCCAGGACCCACCCAGAAGCCGUUUGCAUCGACCGCGAAGCACCAGAACGUCGCCACUUCACGUUCACACGCCUCCCACCACUCGUCCUCCGCUCAAGCCUCUUCAUCAAAACCCCGCACCUCGCCUGUAGUCCAGCGCGAGCGCAAGCGUGAGGAAUCGCCAGACAUCGUUGCGAUCACCCCUCCACCGCCCCCACCCCAGCCGGAGCCGAUCCUCGUUGAAGACGACAGCGACAGCGACCAGGAGGAUAUUGUCGAGCUUGAAGUGAGCAGUGGUGAGGAGCCCGCCUACCACCAGGACCACCGUGGGCGAGCCAGCGUUCCCCAUAACCAGGGCGAGAGGGCGAUGGUCCGCCUGGGCAAGAAGAAGGUGGAGAGGUUAAUCAAACUGCGCUGCAUGGGUCUCGUCGCCACCGAUCGGGAGAGCCGCCAUCGUCUUAACAAGAUGCGGGAUGUCGCAGCUGAGAUUGGCGCAAACCCGAACAACCAGGCAGACGUCGAUGCCGUCGACAAGGCCGACAGCCUUCUGCGCAAGCUGGCCAGAGCCAAGUUGACGGACGCGGUCAACAAGUUGUUCUGA